GUCAAUUGAGCGAAAACUGAAUGCCGAGGCCAAUCAAGCUGCUCUGUACGAGGCCCGCUCAAAGCCUGGAAGGUCAAAAGCUAAGAGCAACACCAAGGACCGAACUGCAUGGGGACGAGCUAGCCCUAUUGGCAUUGUCUCACCGCAGCCAACCCAUUCAAACCACCAAGCCACCGUCUCAGAAUUGACUCGCGUAACCAAUCAAUCGGGACAUGACAAUCGCCCAGGACCCUCUCGACGAUUACCGGCUAUUCCAGGUCGAUCAGGACCGUCAGGAAGGAGCCCUGAUUUGCGAACUCCUGAUCAAGCUCGCAGCCAAGAUCAUCAUCAACACUUCCAGAGCUACUCGAGACCUUCGUCUUUGGACCCACACUCUCAAGCACGACGACCCUAUGAAACUCCCGACGAAUUCGGUUAUCGUGGUCCGGCAGAAACCUCUGCACGACCUGGUCCUCAAGCUCAAACAGUCCCGAACCGCGCAAUGUGGAGUACCAUGCUCGAUCCAAAGGGUGAAGCUCCGGCGACAACGUCCGCUCCCAGGGACACCUUUGUGACGCUUGAUGCGAACGAGACUAUGACAAAAGCAUUCGCUCCUCAAGGUCUCCUUCAAGCAGGUAUGCUGGAUAAGCAAAACCGCUCUGCCAAGCAGCAAGAGGCCACUGCCCGUGAGACUGGAGUAUCUUUGGUCACUGUUCCAGGACCUCCGCCACCGCCCCAGAUGGGACUUGUCGGUGCUAUCACAGCCCACCAAAGAGAUAGAGAGCGUGAAGGUGGCAUGGGUGCUACAUUGACUCAACGAGAACGUGACAAGCGUGAAGCUGAAGACCGUCAACGAAAAUUCGAUGAGCUGCAGCGCGCUCAGUUGGACAGAAUGUCCGGCAACAUGGAUAUGCAGGGAUAUAACCCGAUGAUGAUGAACCCGAUGAUGGGUUGGGGUAUGCCGAUGAUGUACGGAAUGGGACCUAUGGGAAUGGGUGGCAUGGGCGGCAUGGGCUGGGGAGGAGGAAUCUUCUCGCAGGCAGGAUCACAGGCGGGAUCCGACCACGGUGAUGAUAGCCCUAAUCCACGAGGGGGAGCAUCCUCUCCCGUGCCAGGCUGGGGAAUGCCUAUGGGAUCGCCGAUGAUGUCGCCAAUGAUGAUGCCUGGAAUGGUGCCUGGAAUGGGAAUGAUGCCCGGAAUGAUGCCAG